AUGUCCGCGCUUUUCAAACGCUAUUGUAGCGUGUUUUCGAGAUCGACUGGUUCCUUCCACAAACAACUGUUGAAUUGGUCCUUUGUUUCAGUUGGCCUCAAGUGUAUAAAUAAUGGAUUAUCUUUACCAGUUGCAUCGAAAAACUGCUUUUCACCACUUGGGAUGUCUCCAACCGUUAAUCUAGCUACUUUGGCUCAAAUGGCCAUUUCUGGUCCAUUUCAAAAGAAGCGUCCCCCAAAUAAAGCGAUGAACGCGAAGCCAUUCAUAAAAGGGAUUGUGCUGAAAACUUUUAUACGUAAACCCAAGAAACCAAAUAGUGCGAACAGAAAAUGUGUACGUGUCCGUUUAACUGAUGGUCGUGAAAUCACAGCUCAUAUUCCUGGUGAAGGUCAUAAUUUACAGGAACAUAAUAUUAUUUUAGUUCGUGGUGGUCGCACACAAGACCUUAUCGGAGUGAAACAUAAAGUUGUACGUGGAGUACAUGACUGCGCACCUGUUCGGAAACCAGGUUCAAAAUAAAACUUUGUAAUAACUUAAUCCAUGGAACUUCAACAGUGUUUGUAAAGAUAAUUCGAAUUUUAUAUUUAUGCUCUUAAUUUCUCACUGUCGCGAGGUGCUUUAGCAAGUCGUUCUGUAUUGUAAAAUAUCAUGUUUGGAAUCUUCAAUUUUUGACCCUGGAUAUAUUUUUUAAAAAUUUGAACCUUAGUUUUGCAAUGGUGGAAGACUUGUAGCUCAGAGUAAGGGUAACAGCUACUUAGCAUUCUUCACGCCUUGGUAUUUGUAGAUUAAUACCGUCGAAGCUGUUUAGCCUGGCAAAAACCGGAAGAAUUCAAGAAAUCCUCACCAUUCUUCGAGACAUGUUUAUUCUGUUCGG